AAUUAUAUAUUUAUAGUGAAGCAAGAAAAAAACAACGCUAUCCUAAAAGAUAAAUUGCUAUGUCGACGUGUUUUCUCCUGACUCGCUAGUCUUUUCGGCAACUGAACUACAAAUUCCAAGAGUACCACGAACCCGGAAGCAAAUCGACGUAAGCUGACAUUAAUUAAACCCAUGUGGUUGUUAGCUGUAGCGACAACAUUGAACUGCAUCCGACUUAAUUUUGUGAUAGACAUUUUUGAUUUACCUCUUUUUUAUACAUAAGUUACGUUUGAAUCAGUCUGCUAGAUCCAAGUUUGGGAGAAAAAACUUCAGAUUCAGUGUGAGCUAACGUAGCUAGCUGGCUUAUUAUUUGGACUUUUUCGGGAUUUCUUCUUUUUAUUUAUGUUUUGUGGCGGUUAAGACUAGAGAAAAUGUCUGCUUCCAAGGUGAAGAUGAGGGACAGGAAGAUGAAGAACCAGCCUGCCAGCGUGCAGUAUUCGUCUCCUUCCGCCGCGGCGGGUAGCAGCAGCCAGAACGGACGACAAGAAGCGAAGGACUCCGGAUGGCAGAGGAACCCUCCUCCCAGGACUGGAUGGGUUCGUGGAAAUCAGAGAGAUGGAGGAGGAGGUUACAUGAAGGAGAUGCCCAAAUACAUCACCGCUGGAGCGUUUGCCAGGAGCAGGGCUGCAGAGGUGAAGGCCAUGCUGAAAGCAGUGACCAAGAGAACGGGCAGCAACCAUGUCUUCCAGGCUCUGCCCAAACACAUGAGGAGACGCGCCAUGAGCCACAACACCAAGAGGCUUCCCCGCAGGCUGAGAGAUGUGGCGAGCAAAAUGCGGGAAAAGAGCCUCCAGGCCGGCUCGAAGAAGAAGAAGGAGCUACCAAAGAGUAAAAGCCGCAAAGCUCGCCGGCGCCACGGCAACCUGUUGCUGGAGUUCAAUCGCCGCCAGCGCAAGAACAUUUGGUUAGAGACGCACAUUUGGCACGCCAAGCGUUUCCACAUGGUAAAGAAGUGGGGUUACCGUCUCGGGGACAGACCAACGUGCAAGUGCUACCGGCCGUGCUAUAGAGCAAUGAGCAGCCACUGCCUGCUGCUGGACAUUUCUUAUUACUGCUGCAUUGAGCUGCAGGGAGAGGAGGACACGCUGUUGACUGCUCUGUCACAGCUGACCAGCAAGGAGACGGGCCCUACCUUUGCUGCAGCUCUGUGCCUGUCUGGGUGCAGACAGGGCAGCGUUACGGUGUACAGAGCGGGGCAGUACCCCUCACACCCUCUGGGCCCCGUCACAUUUCUUUGGAGACCUCGAGCAGAAGGCUCAGCCAGCAGGCAGCUGUGGAUCUGGGCGCAUCCCGCUCUGAAGCAGGAUCUUCUCCCAGAGUUGCAAAGAGUGUGUGAGUGCUUUGAGGCGGUGGUGCCCCCGGUUAUCCCAGUGGCCACACCUGCAGAGUCUGCUUCCACCCUGGAGUCUGAGCCAAAGCCUGAGGUCUCCCCUAAAGCCAAGGUGACACCUGGAGGAAAGAGGAAACGGAGCCGUGUGGACGCAGGUGGACCUCCUGCUAAGAAGAUCUUGGGAGACGGAACCAGAUCACCCGACACUCCAGUCACCUGGAAGUCCAGCUCAACUGGAAUCGUAAUAAACGAUCUCACGAUGGAGAUGGUACGCUACCGCCUGGUCGGACCUCAGUCUCAUUCUGUGCUAACAGAAAGCUUGGAGGCAGCCACAGACUGUGAUGAGGCGGGUCAGUCCCAGGCUUCUUCUCUGUGGUGGCCUCAGCACUGUAGAGAUGAGAGGAAGAUGAAUCUGCAUCAACAACAAGCAGAGGUCUUUAAGACACUGAAAGGCAUCUAUUCAUCUGGAGAGGUGCCCCCUGGCACGGUGCUGGGUCUGACUGUGGAUGACCCCAGAUUGACUUUACCGGCAAAGAAGGUUAAAGCAAUGCCCAGUGUAAACCAGAGUCAAGAGGCAGACGAGGAGAAGAGACGGCAGCUGAUGUUACGAGGCGUCCCGCAGCUCUGCAGCCAGAGCUGCUUGUGGGAACAGUCUGUGCGAGACAAUGUCACCGAAAACAAGAUCUCUGAGCAGGAGCUGAACCGCAUGAGGAGUGAGCUGCUGAUUCCAGGCUCCAGGCUGAGCCCCACUCCACUGCAGGGCCGAAUCCCCAUCCUCCUGGUUCAUCAGCCGGGCAAACAAGUGGGAAAUGACAUGAGCUCCUGGGGGGCCGGCUGGGACCUGCUGCUUCCUAAAGGCUGGGGUAUGGCCUUCUGGGUCCCGCUGGUGUAUCGAGGAGUUCGCAUAGCUGGACUUCAUAUGAGUCUGAAACGAUCCCAAAAUCAAGGCGCUCCCCACUUCCCCCAUGAUUAUCCGGACUGUCCUGCAGGCGUUCGAUUUCAGGAGGAGCAGGAAGCUGAGCUCCUGGACAAAUUCAAAAGGCGUCCACCCGCCAAAAGAACCAAUUACAUUAAACAUGGCUGUCUGGCUCCUUUCCGUUGCCCGUGGCAACAGCUGGUGGAGGAGUGGGAGCUCCUCACGAGGCAACGAGGAGACGGGCUGGCCAGAAGCACAACCAAGCCGAAGGAGGAGGAGAUGACGCCACAGCCGGAUCACACCGGGACCAAACCUCAGAGCGUAUUCACCGUCAUCAGGAGCAGGAAGUCUCUGAGGCUUCUGUCUGCUUGGUGCAGACUGCCCACAUCUAGAGGUCAGAGGCCAGGCCGCGGCGGGGGGGCGCCCCCUCUCCAGCAGUCUGCGGCUGACGCGUUUCUGGCCUCACACAGAAUGAGCGUGGCGUGGGUGCGCCUGUCCUUGCUGUCCAAAGGCAAACCCGAGCUCCACGCCAUGGUGUGCGCGCCAACUCCAGAAGACCUGAAGCUGCUGGGCAAAAGGGACGCCGGAACCUGCCCCCAGGAGCCCCCCCACAGAGACGACUUCAAAAGUAAAACGAAACGCAGGAAGAAGGGCUCGAAGAAGGGCGCUGGACCCCUUCAGUCAUCUGAUUAUCCCGGAACCGAAGCAUCAGAACCUUUUGUUUACGCAGAACCAGACCUUGUGUUGGGGGUGUGGCCUGAUCCUCUCCCGAGUAUCACCUCUCACUGCUCGCGGGUGACCCUCGGCUGGAUCACUGAGGGGGACUUCUCUCUGUCUGCGGGCUGUGGCGAGGCUCUGGGCUUCGUCAGCGUCGGCGGGCUGCUGAACACCCUCCUCAGCCAGCCGGAGGAACACAGGGGAAAGGUGCUGCUGCGUAACCCCUCCUCCCUGCAUUACCGCUUCGCUCAGAUCAACAUUGAGGUGUGAUUGAAGAAGCCUCUGUAAUGCUUCUGCUGCACGAGGCUAAUGACUCAUCGAAACCUAAAGGUGUGUGGAGCAUCCGAUGAAAACCAUCAACAGUUGCUUGUUUUUGCAGCUUCGUUGUCUUAAGUGCCUUUAGAGAAAGGGACACUCCAAAGGAAGAUGAAAAGUUAAAGACCUCACUACUGGAUUCCUUCGUUAUAUUUUGACAGAACUGGUUUCACACAUCUCCCUGUCGAAGUCUGAUGGUGUGCUGACACGGCUUUUGAAAAUCCACAGCAACACUCGUGCAUUCUGAACAGUUUGACCUAAAGAAUGAAGAGGGCUCGAACACACGCACGCUCUGGCUAACAGAUACUUAAACAUCCAGUUUGGGUUUCCACAUAUCUCCUAAUGUGUAGGUGGCAGAUCAAAGUUUGUUGCUUGGCAACUCUUCCCUGUGAUAGCAGUUUAGUUGUGCGUGUGUGUUUAUGGAGAGGUUUAUCUGAGGUAAAGAGGAUCAGGUUGCAGGCCUGUGCCAUUCAAAUGACUUUUCUUCCGUUUGACUAAACGCGUGAAAUUAUUACUGCUGGCAACUACAUUUCUCUACAAGGACAAUUGCAGCUCAGCCUGACAUUACCGCAUCGUCUUUUUCACUCUGGGUCUACCAAUAGGGGGCAGUAGUGCACCUGUUUUGCUGCAGGAUGAGAUCUUCAAUUUAUUUUCUGAAAACUUCCUCUGUUAAAAUGCUCAUUAAACAAAAUAAAAGAUGCAACUAUUGA